AUGAGUCCGCCAAACUCGAACCGUCCCAGUGGAGACGAUGACAGUAUAACAAUACACAGUCUCGAUCAAUCACCAAACCAAGACCCUGAAAAACAACCUAGUUUGGAACAAGACACAGGUGCUCCUUAUUCAAUCUUUACCAAAUGGGAGAAACGUUUCAUCGUUCUGGCUGCAUCAGCAACAGCCAUGUUUUCGCCCAUGACAGCCCAGAUAUAUUUCCCUGCACUACCAGCUAUCUCCAAAGACUUGGGUGUUACUACGUCGCAGAUCAACCUCACUGUCACCACUUACAUGAUCUUCCAAGGGAUCACACCCAUGUUUAUUGGGUCGCUGGCUGAUAGUGGUGGAAGACGACCUGCGUAUAUAGUAUGCUUCACCAUUUAUAUUGCAGCCAAUAUCGGACUUGCUCUCGCGCCAAGCUAUGGUGUUCUUCUUGGACUUCGAUGUCUUCAGUCUGCUGGCUCUGCUAGCACUGUUGCUCUCUGCGUCGCUGUGGUGGCAGAUGUUGUGACUUCUGCUGAGAGAGGUAACUAUAUCGGCCUGACCGCUGUUCCUAGUGUGCUAGGCCCAUCAUUGGGUCCUGUCAUCGGUGGUCUUCUCGCCGAGUAUCUAGGCUGGCGUUCCAUCUUCUGGUUUCUCGCCAUAUUCGCCGGUGUUGCUAUGGCUCUCAUUGUCUUGUUCUACCCAGAGACAUGCCGUCAAAUCGUAGGAGACGGCUCUCUUACUCCGCCGUUGAUGUAUCGUUCAGUAUGGCAGAUUCUCAAAUCCCGACGGACAAGAGCCCAGUCGGACAAGACGGGUCUAAGUCGACAGGUCUCCGCCGCUUCCACGGUCAAGUUCAAGUUCAAAGCACCCAAUGUUCUCGAAUCUGUGCUAAUGCUUUUCGAGAAAGAGAUGGGCCUACUUCUCGGUUUCUGCAGCAUCUGCUUCUCGGGCUUUUACUGCGUAGCGACCGCGAUGCCGACUCUAUUUGCGGACAUCUAUGGCUUCAAUGAAGUCCAAAACGGGUUGAUGUUUCUUCCCCUAGCAGCCGGCUCUGUCAUUGCAGCCUUCAUCGUGGGUGCUUUCACCAAUCGCAACUUCAAGCGUCACUGUGAGAAGCUAGGUAUUCCAUACGAGCGAAGUAAGCAACAGGAUCUCUCCGAUUUUCCCAUUGAGCGUGCUCGCUUAGAGAUCGGGUUCCCUCUCCUUAUACUCUCAGCCGUUGCCGUCAUCGGCUGGGGAUGGGCAGUCCACGCCAAGACUCAUGUCGCUGUUCCAUGCGUACUGAGCGCCUUUUUUGGCGUAGGCGUCGUCGGCUUCAACAACACGGUCAAUUCGUUGCUUGUAGACAUCAACCCUGGGAAGGCUGGAACUGCGACUGCGGCGAAUAACUUGACGCGAUGCCUGGUGGGAGCUGGAGCCAGUGCAGCGAUCAUACCCAUGAUUGAUGCCAUGGGCACAGGCUGGGCCUUUACUCUGGUUCUCUUCCGAGUAAUCUCCUGCCUCUUCGUCCUGGUAGCCUCAAUCAUCGUUUACAGGCUAUACUUCCAUCCCUUGGCACGUGUGCCUGGGCCGAGAUUUGCUGCUGUAUCAAGCUUUUGGCAUGCGUAUCAUGCUAGAAAUGGACGUAUGGCUCUUCUGGGAAAGACUUUACAUCGUCGAUAUGGAUCUGUUGUGCGGGUUGGGCCUAACGAGGUUUGGUUCAAUAGCAAGGAAGCUUUUCAGGCGAUUUACAGUAGCGGAAGCGGCUAUGAGAAAUCUGACUUUUACUUGGCGACGGCCUUAAGCAAGCCGCAUAUUGACUGGCAACUCAACCCACAGUUUCCAGACACUCUCGAUCUUCUAUCAGAGAGAGAUGUGAGGCGCUACCGUCUUCAACGUCGACUCAUUGGUCCUGUAUACCAAACUUCCAAUCUCAUACAAUAUGAAGCAGCCAUAGACGAGGUCCUUACGCGCUCUGUCGCCAAGCUCAAGAGUUUGAAGGGCGCACCAGUCGAACUUAACGAGUGGAUGCAUAUCAUCGCCGUAGAAUGCCUCGGCGCAAUUGUUCUGUCGUGGUCACCAGGUUUGCUGAAAAACGGCACCGAUAAUGGCUCGGGGGCGCACGCAUACCAUGGUUGGAGACGAAAGAGUGUCUUUGGGCUGUUCCCUACUGUCACCAAGCUGGAGUUUCUAUACAAGUCAAUCGGACGACUCUUCAGCACGAUUUGGGGCGUCAACUUCCAACCACCCAAGGACUUCCGACCGUUCUUCCCAGAUGUUGGGAAAAGAGUCUCGCGGCGGGUCAACGUAGCCACAAAAUCCAAAAUCAACAAAGAUGAUCGCCGAGAUCUCCUUGCGGAUUUGAUUCAAUUGCAUAGGACCAAGACCGAGUUCGCAGAAAUCUAUCUUCGUAAGAUGGCUGUGACCAACUUCGGCGCUGGGCAUGAGACUAUGGCAUCGACUCUAACCUCCAUUCUCGCAUUGCUGGGCUCACAUGGCGACAUUCAAGCACGAGUUUACCACGAGGUUCUCGAUACAAGCGAUUCAACUCAGUAUUACACUGCAACACGCCUGCCAGAGACACAAUCCCUCAUCAAAGAAGCUAAGCGACUAUACCCCGUCAUCAGCAUGUCACUGCCACGUAAAGUUCCCACUGGCGGUCUUCACUUACACGGCUAUUAUUUCCCACCAAGCACGACUGUGGGAUGUAAUCCAGUUGCUCUGCACCGCAACACGGAUGUAUUUGGCUCUGAUUCCGAUCAAUUCAACCCAGACCGCUGGCUAACUGCAGGUCCCGACACAGCACGCAACAUGGAGCGCAUAAGUCUAAGCUGGGGCGGCGGUUCGAGAACAUGUCCCGGGCGGCAUUUGGCAGAGCUGGUCGUCUUCAAAGUCAUUCCUGCUUUGGUGAAGGAGUUCAAAAUCGAGACUACCUUGCCGCCUGAAGACCAAGCUCGCUCGUAUUUCUUGUCUAUGAUGACGGGAGUUAAGGCCCGAUUCAUCGAGCGAGGGCCAUCAGAAUAA